GGCCAUCCAGAGGCUCAGGCCGCGCGGGCUCUCGACCCGCCUCCCGCCGGGGCGCGGCCUCCCCCGGUGAGUGGCGGGCGCUGCGCCGGGCGCCCCCCAGAGGCCCUGGGGCGCGCCCCCCUCCCCCUGCCCCGCAGCGCCCGCGCGCGCCACGCGCCCAGAGGCGAUGGCCGUGGACGAUGACGGGGACCCCUUCGCUGGCAUCAUCGCGUCCUCGGUGCACAGCUUCGUCUCCCAGCUGAAGGCCGACUACCAGCGGGAGCUGCGCAGGGCCCUCACGAUGGCGGCCCGCCAGUCGCAAGGGCAGCCGGCUGCGGCGGCCGACCCGGACGACAAGGCCAGGGCCAUGGCGCGGAAGGCGCAGUCCCUGAGGAAGACCAGGGAGCACCUGCGGAAGACCGCGGCCGCGCAGGAGCCGCUCCGCCCGCCGUCCGCGGGCCUCGUCCCGCAGCUGCUCCCGAUCGUCGAGGUCUUCGACGGGGACGCGCUGGAGCAGACCGAGGAGCAGCCCCCGCCCUCGGCGGGCGGCGCGCAGCAGCCCCCGCCGAUGCGGCUCGCCUGGCAGACCGCCGAUGGCGGCCCAGCGGACAGGGCCGCGCCCAGCUCGCUGCCAGGCAUGACCGUCGCGGCCGACGCCGGCGUCGGCGGCGAGGCGCCCGGCGCCCGGGCCGAGACUCGGGCGACGGUGGUGGCCGAGUGCCCCUCGAAGGGCGCCCGCGCGACCAAGGCGAGCUCGAGGAGCCGAGAGGAUUCCUACCACAAGGUGCUGAGAAAUGUGAGCAUGUUUUCGGACGAGGACUUCGAGAUGAUCAAGGGAAGCAAGGAGGAGAAGAAGAGGAGGAGGAUGUACGCCGAGACUAGGCGUCCAGACAUGGAGUUCUACCAGAAGAAAAGCAACGCGACGACCUCUUCCCAGAAACGAGCAUUCCAGAUCCUUACAUCUCGCGUCUUCGACAUCACAAUGGGAGUGAUCAUCAUCUUGAAUUCCGCGACCAUCGGCAUUGAGACGUCCUACACCGUCCGCGGGGAUGAUAUUCCCAUGGCUUUAGUUGUAGUAGAGUAUUUGUUUCUUUUCCUCUACGUUGUCGAGCUAGGCUUGCGUUUUCAUGCAGUCGGAGUGAAGGAAGCGAUGUCAAGCAAUUGGGUGAAGUUUGAUACGGUGCUGGUAGUCUCUGGAUUGGCGAACUUCGUGCUCACUCUGGUCUCACUCGGUGGUGGGGCUAUGGAAGUUGCGGUCGGCAACAUGAACAUGCUGAAGAUGCUUCGUCUUGUCCGGCUUGCCAGGACGGUGCGGGUAGUGGUCCAGUUCCGCACCAUGUGGUUGCUCGUGCAAGGUCUCAUGCACGCCCUCUUGCCAAUGUUCUGGACGGGUAUUCUCAUGAUGAUGGUCGUCUAUAUAUUUGCCAUCCUUGGCAUGGAGACGGUCGUCGGCAGCAGCGACGAGGCUCUCUCCUUACAGGCCCAGGAAAAUUUUCGCACGAUGGGGGGGUCCGUAUUGACAUUCAUGCAGAUGAUGGCACUUGACAGCACGGCUUCAAUAUACAGGCCCCUGAUCGAGGCGAAUUGGUUAGUGAGCGUGCUGUUCCUCGUAUUCUUCAUGAUUGGCCCGAUUGCGCUCAUGUCCAUCGUCACCGCCAUUAUGGUCGAGUCGUCCCUCCGCACUGCCAACGAGGACCUGGAAGCGAAGAAAGCGUGGGAAUCAGAGAGGAGGAAGGCAAUGAUUCCGAAGUUGAAGGCUCUGCUCGAGAUGCUGGACACUGAUAACAGCGGUUUUGUCGAUCUAGCGGAGAUGUUGGCGGCACCCAAAGAAAUUCAGGACCAGCUCACUCACAUCUGCGACCUGCCCACGCUCGCGGUCGAGGAGGUCUUUCACAUGUUGGACGUUGAUCGCAGUGGCUCGCUGGACAUUGAGGAAUUUGUGAACGGAAUCCUGCAUUGGUGCACAGCGGACAAGCCGCCAGAACUUCUGCUGCUCGUGCAGAUGAGCAAGUCAAUGCUCGACCUCCUACACGUUAUCAAAGAUGAGCAUGAUGCCCCAAGUGCGCGCAAGAGCGACGUUUCCGUGUCGUAGAGGCAGUAUCAGUGCCGCCCAGUGUCGAUGGCCACCGCGAAUUGCGGGGGGCCUUCAAAAGGCUCUUUGGGCUGGGCAGGGGGCUUUUCCAGGGCCUCCAGAAGUAUUGUCGGUUCGUUGUCGUUGCAGAGUGAAGCGCUUUCUCUCCCUCCUCCUUCGCCUCGUCCUUCUCCCUCGCGUGAUGAAUAAAUCGUGACGUCGGGGGUCUGGGUCCGAUCCUUCCCUUCUGUCCCGCCCCCAGCCAUCUGGUGCUGAUCAUCCUAGUUCCCGGCCGAUUUUCGGGGCCCCCACCAGCCAUCCCGCUCCGUGGCCAGUUGCGCCCAGGGGCACCUUUCAGGCGGAGGGUGGUCAGCGGCCUUUAUAAUAAAUAUCGGCAACACGGCGACUUUUGUCCCGCGUGCUCUCGGUUUCACCUCCAGCUGGUCACCACCUGUAGUGCUCUCUCAUGGUGUACCGUGUAACCCCUGAGUUCCAGUGCUCCAGCACCUGCACCUACUGAUCUUCUCUGGCACCACCUUGCGUUGCAAGGGUUGGUGAGAACUUGGCUUGGCCUGCGCAAAGUGUCGAACCAAAAGA